UCUAUGGCAACGCGCCGCCGUCAAGGACGUUCCGCUGUCGCCCCGCGGCCCGUCUCUAUGGCCACGCGCCGCCGUCGAGGACUUUCCGGCCUUCUCCCCCGCCCGUCUCUAUGGCAACGCGCGGCCGUCAAGGACGUUCCGCUGUCGCCCCGCGGCCCGUCUCUAUGGCCACGCGCCGCCGUCGAGGACUUUCCGGCCUUCCCCCCCGCCCGUCUCUGUGGCAACGCGCGGUCGUAAAGGACGUCCCGCUAUCGCCCGACGGCUCGUUCCUAAGGUAAUGCGCGGCCGUAAAGGAUCUGUGGGAGCACGCGGCCCCAAAGGACGUUCCGCUGUCGCCCCGCUGCCCGUCUCUAUGGCAACGCGCGGCCAAGGACGUUCCGCUGACUCCCGGCUGCUCGUCCCUAUGGUAACGCGCGGCCCAAAAGGCCGUUCCAGCGUCCCCCGGCUGCCCAUCUCUAUGGGAGCGCGAGACGGUAAAGGACUUUCCAGCCUCACCAGAUUGCCGAUAAAGAACUUUCCGCCCUCCCCCGGCUGCCCGUCUCUAUGGGAACGCGCGGCCGUAAAGGGCUUUCCGGCCUCGCCCGGCUGCUCGUCCCUAGGGUAACGCGCGGCCGUAAAGAAUCUAAGGGAACGCGCGGCCCAAUAGGAGGUCCCGGUUUCCCCCGGCGCCCGUCUCUAUGGUAACGCGCGGCCGUAAAGGACUUUCCGGCCUCGCCGGGCCGUACGUCUCUAGGGCAACAGGCGGCCGUAAAGGACUUCCCGGCCUCCCCGUCUGCCCGUCUCUAGGGUAACGCGCGGCCGUAAAGAACCUCCCGGCCGCUCGUCUCUAUGGUAACCCGCGGCCGUAAAGGACUCCCCGGCCUCCCCCCCCCGGAUUUGGCGGGCUCCGAUCGGUCCUGCUGUGUGACCUUGGGUUGCCUUUAAGGAACAGCAGCCUGAAGAAAUAUUGGCAGAGGUGAAGGUUGAAUCUGAGUUGGAUAAUGCCUCUGUCCACCCAGAAUGAAACUGAAGAUGAUCAGUAUAUUUUAGUUGCCAGCCUCGACAAUGUUAGAAAUCUCUCCAAUAUCCUGAAAGCUAUUCAUUUCAGAGACCACGCAACCUGUUUUGCAACUACAAAUGGAAUCAAGGUUACAGUAGAAAAUGCGAAAUGUUUGCAAGCAAAUGCUUUCAUUCAGGCAGGGAUAUUUCAGGAAUUUGUCGUCCAGGGAGAAUCCGUAACGUUCCGAAUCAAUUUGACCGUACUUUUGGACUGCCUGACCAUUUUUGGAUCAAGCCCUUUACCAGGAACUUCAACAGCUCUUCGCAUGUGUUACCAAGGUUAUGGCUACCCCCUGACACUCUUUUUAGAAGAAGGAGGAGUAGUCACUGUGUGCCGAAUUAACACGCAGGAACCAGAAGAUACGCUGGAUUUUGAUUUCUGCAGCGCAAAUGUUAUUAACAAGAUUAUCCUCCAUUCAGAGGGUCUGGGAGAAGCAUUUGCUGAAUUAGACAUGACAAGUGAAGUCCUGCAGAUUACUAUGUCCCCGGACAAACCUUAUUUCAGGUUAUCCACCUUCGGGAACGCAGGCAGUUCACACCUGGACUACCCCAAAGAUUCGGAUUUGGUGGAAACGUUUCAGUGCAGUCAAUCCCAGACACACAGGUAUAAGAUCUCUUUGCUGAAACCGUCUACAAAGGCGUUAGCCUUAUCUUGUAAAGUAUCUAUCCGAACAGACAACCGAGGAUUCCUCUCCUUACAGUACAUGAUUCGGAACGAAGAUGGGCAGAUCUGUUUCGUGGAGUAUUACUGUUGCCCCGAUGAGGACGUUUCUGAAUCCGAACUCUAGCCGUUAGCCUUUGGUUAGCCUUUCCUCUGUGGAGACUCAUGAUGGACUGCGUUUCCACCUUACCGCGAUUCUCUGGGAGUUUCUUUAGGACUCUCCUCUUAGUGAGUUAAAAAUCGAGACCAGAGAUCAUUAAAACCAAGGCCAAUGCGCCUCGGCAGUGAGAUGAAGCCUCUCUGGCUAUUUUCAUAUUUGACUCUUCUGGAUCUUAUGGCAUGAUUCCAUAGACCGGCAACCGUGCUGACUAUUGAAUAAAUUAGGAACUUUGCAUUUUUGAAAAACCUUGGCCUUUUGAAAAGCUAGAGGCGGGAAUGAAAAGUGAAACUGACAAACGGAUCUUUGAACGUUUCUGAUUCCAAGGAUUGUAAAUAGAAAAGGGGUAAGCACUUCAUUAAAAAAAACCAAACACUU